UCAUUCAUGACCCCUGUCAGUGACGUAGGAGAUUCCACGGUACCCACUGCCGUAGGCACCAACGGGAUGCUGGAGUAUAUAUGGACCACUGGUAGCCAUCAACCGGCACACUCUCAGUCGCUCCGACUCGGGAACCAGGGCAUCAGCGGAGAUAGCAGGCUUUACUUCGGUCUUUCAGGCUAACUCGCUUUGGGCUUUUGGUUCAGGAUGGAAACCUCUCCUAUUUCUCGGAGCCGACGAUGCUCCAUCGUGCGCAACUGCAAAAGCGGUCUCUCCCUCUGGUUGGUGGUGUGGCUGGUCCUCGGCAAGCCAAGUCCGGCAUCGGCGUGCCCGCACCUGUGCGUGUGCUACCCGACGCCCAUGACCGUGAGCUGCCAGGCGCAGAACUUCACCGCCGUCCCGGUCGGAGUGCCCUAUGAGUCGCAGCGCGUGUUCCUCCAGAACAACCGGAUCACGGAGCUUAGAGUUGGCUCUUUUGGCUUUGGAACUCAGGUUCUGUGGCUGUUUUCCAACAAUAUCACUUGGAUUGAAGCUGGGGCUUUCAGUGAGCUGAGGGACUUGGAGGAGUUGGACCUGGGGGACAACCCGAACCUCCACAGGCUGGAAGGAGGAGCCUUCCGCGGCCUGGAGAAGCUCCAGAGCCUCCACAUGCACCGCUGCCGGCUCACUGCUCUGCCCCAUGACAUCUUUCACAAGCUGUACAGCUUGCAGUUCCUCUACUUGCAGGAGAAUAACCUGCACUUCCUGCAGGAUGAUAUCUUCUCAGACCUCAUCAACCUGAGUCAGCUCUUCCUGCACGGAAACCGCAUCCGCACUCUCUCAGAAAACGUAUUCCGUGGCCUGGUCAACCUCGACCGUCUCCUCCUGCACGACAACCGCAUCCGGCAGGUGAACCGCCGCGCCUUCCGUGACCUCGGCCGCCUCACCAUGCUCUUCCUCUUCAACAACUCCCUGGCCGAGCUUCCCAGUCAGACCUUGAGGGACACCCAGGGCAUCGAGUUCCUGCGCCUCAACGCCAACCCCUGGUCCUGCGGCUGCGAGGCCCGCGCCCUGUGGGAGUGGUUCCGCGAGGCUCGCGUCUCUUCGUCCGAGGUGAUGUGCGCUUCCCCGUCAAACCGCCGCGGCCAGGACCUCCGCUUCCUUCGUGAGAUGGACUUCGCCCUCUGCCCCCUGCCCGAUCCCGGCUCCAUUGCCGGAUCCACCACCACCACCUUCAGCACCAAGACCCGCUGGUGGUUCCACAAAAACAAGCCCCAGUCCUCAACAAAAGGCAUCUUCGAAAAAGCCUCAGAGACUGUUAAAGCCGGUCUGUAUGGAAAAGGCCCGUCCACGACCACCUCAGUGGUGAAGUAUGAGCUCGGUGAGGAGGAGCUGGCUCUGCCCAAACUUGACCCAGAAGAGUACUGGGCAAACUACGGCAACGAGGACUCGGGUGUCACCCUGCGGUGCUUUGAGCUCGAAUGUCCACCCGAGUUCGAUCUGCCUCCAUCUGCUGCCUCGUCCAGACCCUCCUCACCCUCUUUCUUCUCACUACUAGCCCUCUCUGUAUUCACCCUCUGCUUCAGCCUUCAACAGCUAUUUGGUUGAAUGUGACUCUUAGUACGACACCCUUUCCCCUUUCAGCCUGUUUUAAAGGCUGCGAGGACCCCUGAUAGACUCUCUACACCCCCUUUGCCCACUCUGCUGUAAGCUAAUCCGCGCUACACAGCUGGGGAGAUAGGGGGGAUGGUUCGAUCUUGAAUCUAAAACCUACAGGGCUUAACUCUUUCAGGGCUGCUAAGAGUUCAUCAGCUAAGGUGGCAUAUAUCUACAAUGCUUCACAGGUUUGGCUUUCUGUGUCUUACCUGUGUGAUGUCUUUUUAUGAUUCCCUGCAAUCAGGGCUACGAGGGCUGAGGCCAUCUCUGAUACGAACACAAUUCCAUAGCGGUUGUGACUGACGUCGUCAGUCUCGUCACCUCAACUUAGUUCAAACUACUAGUGCUGUUUGUGCAUCCAAUUAACUGGCUGCUACCGAUGCUACGAUUACUGUUAGAAUCCGUUGCGCAGUAAUGACAAUACUGUAACCACUUAAAGUGUCAUGUAAAUAGGUAUGUACUUUGUGAGUGUUCACCCUGAUCUCUGUGGACAAUCACUUUCAUCUCGAUCCAUGAAAACUGUGAAGGCUUGUGUUUCUACAGGACAGAGCACCGCGCGCAGUGAGGAGGAGGCUUUUUCUACACGAGGGAAGGAAGGAAAACACUGUGAAGCUGGCAGGGGGAGAAAUGUAGAGACGUCAGAGGAGAUGUGGGCUGGAUGAGGUAGACGACGGGGCCGGGAGGGGAGCAGAGUUUCUUUGAAGGAAGAAAGG